CACUCCAGGAGUUAAAAUCCCGAAGAGUCAGACAUGACUUGGCACGCGUGCACACACACUCACACACAAAUGUAAUGAGUUUUUAAAAUACUAAAUUUUUUAGUAAGUAAAUCUCAUGAUGUCAAAAGUUCCGCUUCUCUGUACACUGUUGCCUAAUUGAAUCUUGGAGACAGUUUUGGGUGAAGUAGAAAAGGAUCGCUUUAUUACUUUUCCAGGCAAAGAGGGACACAGUGGAUUAACUGCCCUCAAAACUGUAUGUCCCAACUUGGGGAGGAUAGUGAUAAGUUUUGCAUUAACUAUUCAAAGAUGGUGUGAUUAGCUUGCAGGCAUUUUUCUGAUGGGUUGGUGGUGAGAUAAGUCAGCAUCAUCAACCUUCAGGUCUAACGGCACUGGGGUCUAAAUGCUCCUGGGCAGUAUACCGUGUUUCAGUAUUUGUGGAAUAGUUCAAAGAUAUUGUGUGUGUAUUUGUUGACGAGAAAAAGGGACCUUGCCCCAGGCCCUUGGUCUUAAUAACUGCUUGAAUCUGCUCAGUGGAAUUCAGGGAAGGUCAUGGAAGCUGAAUGGAGGCAGUUUCCUAUAAUCAAAGAACUGGGGGACACAGAAAGGCCUUGUGUUCAGGAGACCCACAGGACCCUGUAGACGUCUCUCAUCACGGAAAACAAACAAACCCAAUGGUCAUACCUAAUUUUAACACAAUAUAAAGACCUCCGGAAUUUUUUUUUUUCCUUUGGUUGUAAACCCUGUUUUUAAAAUAAGAAAAGGCAGCGCUUCCCGCGGUUCCUGCCUCCCAGGAAGGGGGUAUAAAAUUCUGAAGACCCCACUCAAGUGCUCAGUCCCUAAUCGGUUCUACCAACUAAGAACCCAAGUCAACCUAAGGAAGGAGAAAGAGGAAGCACGCAGUCAAGCACUUCCACCAGACAACGAAAUGCCCAGAGGGCGCGCUGACUUGGGCCAGAAGGCCCAGGCAGCAGAGGUCUGCGAAGCAGGGAUGCGCUGGGCGGGGCCUAGAGGGGCGGGCCCAGGGGCGUGGCGCACGGGCGCGAGGGUGGGCGGCCCGAGACCCGGCCGCGCGGUCCUCCGGCGCCAAGAGUUCAGUCAGCCUAGCGCGGAGCAGCGCCGGGCGGGAGCGUCCCCUUGCUGCCCAGCAGCCUCCAGCGUCUUCCGGGCCAGGCACUCGCUGCAGCUCUGUUCCUGGAUACCGAGCAAAACACAGGCACCCCAGCCUGCUACACACUUCUCAUCUUUCUCCGUGGAUGAUAGGUCGCCCGUGCAUCCAGGCUGGGCCUUGCGGGCUGCCAGGUUGGAGGUGCUCCUGUUCAUCAAGAUGGAGGAGAGAGUCUAGAAGCUUCCUCAUGCUGCUUGUAGGGCCUCCUCAAGAGAGGCUCUGGUGAAUGGAGAGAAACAAGCUCCUAUUGGAGGAAGAAGCAGUGGAUAAGGGGGUGGACCACAUCUACGCCUCCAGGGAAGGCUGAACAUCACACCUGUGACUGUAGGGACAGAGGAAGCUACCUGGGACUGUCUGGGGAGGAUUGAAAUCAAGUCUCAUUGAGUCUGAGUUAAAGUGAGGCUGUCAGAAGUGAAGCAGAGAGGGUGGGGUGUAGAUGACAGCUGGGUGAGUCAGCACUUCAUGGGGUUGGAGAAUCUUUCCCUAAAGGGCUAUUUAGCCUCCUGUGGGAUCCCUUUGUUUUGGUCUUCACCCCAUGUCACCUGGGCUCUUAUUUCCGAGCUUGGAAACAUGCCUGAAAGUGGCUGACCUGAACCAGGACUCACUGUCUCUGUGGAAAUGGUGAUUAAUCUCUUCCCUUCCUUCCUGUAUCCUUCUUCCCAGCACAGCUUGUGCUACCCAGGGCCUCUGUACAAUCCAGUAGAACCUGGAUGAACGGAGGAGAGGGACUCCCAGGGAGGACGGGGUGAAAGAAUGCCUUGGGUGUGUGUGAAGGCCUGUAAUGACAUGGGGACGUGGGAGCACGUGAAUUUGGCUGCCGUCUUGUUCCCUGCAGUGCUUCUGGAUGCAGGUGGUCCUUUCUGUUUCCAUUGGCCACCUUGGUAACUCCCUGUUGAAGACAGCUUUCUGCAGACUUUCCAUCAAGCUCACUGUAGCCAGGGGUGCUGCCCAACACCCAGGGGAGCUAAACUUCCUGUGUUGUGGAAACUGGUGGAAGACACUGUUCCUGAUGGGUUCCCCAGGGACAUCCAGCUUCCUCUCUAACCUUGACAUUCUCAUCUCCGGUCACUACCCUCUUAUGUUGUACCCACCCCAUCAGUGUCCUUUUAUUCACCCUCACCAAAGGGGGCGUCUGUCUGCCACUGUGUUUCAAUUUUAGUGGUCUGUUUCCUACUCUGAUGACAUGUCCUUUCCUAUCUAUACACAAAUCAUUCAGACACUGCAUAGAGUUACCCAGUUAAACUUGGUUCCUGACCGGGUCUUCUCAUCUUACUUCAUCUUAUCAGGUUGUCAAUCUCCCACCUAAAAAAACUUUUUUAAAGAGCACAGUUCUAUUUAUUAUUCAGCAAGGAGCAGAAGGGCAAGGGGAAGGGCCCAGCAUGGACAGCCUCCCAAUAUUGCUGUGGGUUUCCAUUUGUUUCCCCAACCUGGAGGGCUGAGAGGCUCUUGGCUGUAGAAGAACAUGAACCCAGCUGCUGACCCUUGGGCAAAACAAAUCACCCUGGCCUAAGUACCAACUCAUGAACCCCGAUCCCAGGCCUAUCUCACCAGGACCACUGAGGCCUCUUGGAGCCAGGCUGGCUAGAGUCUGGGGUGCUGAUUCCAGGUUGUGGGCAGGUGGACUUAGGUCUCAAGCUCCAGGCCAAGCCAAAGGCCAACCUUCAGGUCCAUAGCCUGAAUGUAUCACAAACAAGCCACUGGCUCUAUCUGGUAUACUAACACUGCCAUUUAUGCUCCAGAGGAGUGGAAAAGUUAGGGCAGUACAGCUCAUCCUGGCUCCCCUAGGCUAUUCACCUACUCUGGCUUCUGGAAAAUGCCCCUAGAAAAGCAACCUUUAGUUCCUGUCAGGUGGGGCAGGCUUAAAGAGCAAACUAGCUUAAGGUAUAGAAAAAUUCGUUUCUGCUUUAGAUAAUCUAGUCUAUAAUACUGCACAUCCAUCAUUUAGCUUGUCUUUUAGGAUGUUUUACACGUUUGGGUUGAAAACUGGGCAUGAUGUACUGAGUAAAAGGAGCUGAAUUAGAAUUUAUGUUGAUCUGGCCAGGCAUUAGGCUGUGUUUACUGUUUGCUGUAGCUGUGAGAGGCUCCUUGUCCACUGACAUCCUUAUUUUUGUCUCCUUCAUUGUCCCUGAGUUUCCCUAGAGACUUCUUAACUCUUUCCUGAGACACACGGUUCUUUCCAUCGUGUUCCCCUAUCAUACAGGAGCCCUGUGAUGCGAGGGGGGUCGGGGUAGGGUGGAUGAGGGGAGGGAGGAAGUGCUCUGUGCUCCUAUGAUUAGGUCUCAGUCUUUAGUGAGCCUGUGCUGACCUUCGCCAAUGCGUCUCAGUUUCAUUUUGUUUUUCUCUGUUAGCUAAGACAGGAAGGCUUAGAGGGGACUGGAUUUGAAUAUUUUCCAUCUCCAGGCUCUGGUAAAAUCCCAGUAGGUUACUGUCUAGUAAAACUCUUAAAGGCAGUGCUUUGCAGAACAACAUGUUCUGGGCAUAAAUAAAAACAGCCAUUUUCCCUUCCUGCUGGAAGCACUAGGGAAUUUUUCUCUGAUCUUCACUGUGAAAAGUUAGUGGGGCUCCUGGACAUAAAACUUACAAAAGGUGAGGAUCUCUAACUCUCAGACUUGUUCACACUGAGUCUCCAGAAAUUUGUUAUAUUUAGGUUUCCCUACAUGGGUUCUGAUUCUCUCCAAGGUUUCUGUUCUUGGAUUUCUGUUCCAAAAAAUUAUGAUUUUCUGUAUCUGUUUGUUGGUCUCUUCAGUUUGGGGAGGCAGAUGUUUGGUCUGUGACCUCAGUUCUUUGGGGAGAUAAGGGUUACUAGUCUGUAGUUUGUUCAUCUUUGUGUGUGUGUGUAGACAGGAGAGACAACUCCCAAGUUCCUUACAUUCUGGACUAGAAACCAGAAGUGUUCUCAUUUAAUUUGAUUUUUUCAGUUGAAGUUCAGAGAUGUUCGGUCACCCAUCCGUUAGGUAGAAAAGCCAUGACUGGAGAACUCAGGGGAUGUGACUCACGUUGGUGAUCUUGCUCAUAUACCAGAUGCUCACCGAAGGUGAGGCAGUGGCUUAAAACACCUCAGACGCUGGCCCUGAGGAAGUCAUUACUGGAUCCCAAUCUUUGCUUCUCGCCGCAAUCAGGAUUUCCAUCCUCCAGGGGACAGUACAAGACCUGUCGCAGGUGGCAAGGCAGAAGCAUCCGGGAGAGAUACCUCAGUCUCGUUCUGCUUCCAGCACUGGGUUUCCCUUCCCUAUCCUGAUUGUUGCCCACAUGGAUAAACAGGAGGGUUCACACAAGCAGGAAAGCUGUUGGCUGAAUAAUGGUCGAGCGCUAAGAACAUAUUUGACCAGAAAACCUUUUCAGAUGCAUUCUGUCCACAUUCAGGGCUCACAGUGUGUUGCCAGUCUAGGCUCCAUGAUUAGUUUUGUAUAGGGUUGGGUUUCUGCAGGAACCCCUGACAUUGAGCACCAAGGCAGUGGGGGAGCCUACACAGCAAGCCUGCCCCACACCCUGUGCAUGAAUGUUCUGAUUCAUGGUGGUGGAGACCAUGGCUGAGUCCCAUAAUCCCACCUCUCGGACCUACAGAUACUCCCUCUGUGUCCAGAGUUGUCUAAGGGGCUCCUGUUCCUAGAGACAGUCUUCAUGGCAGGCUUUCAUUCUCAGGACUGCUCCAGAAUCUUCCCAUUUAGGACAGGGUUCUCUUUUAGGGAUAGGAGUUCUAGCCUUUGAGGACUUUUAUCUAGAAAUUCCAUUAACCUUGAGCACCUAGACUGAAAUUUGUUAUUUUCUCACAGACACAGGGAAAGGUCUGGGUUUGUUGAGGGAUCCCAGUGAGCAGCUGAAAGGACUUGUAGCCCCUGCCUCCCUGCCCUUGCCCUGAGCCUCAGGCUCUUGUUUCUUCCUUCCAUUGGAGGGGCUUAGACGUGUGCUGAUUAUCUUCACUGUGGGAUGAAGUUUGGACUGUCGAUGCCAGAAGGUGGUAAUUUCCCUUGGUAGAGCUUCUUGUUAGGCCUCUUGUAUCAUUUCAAGUAAUUUGCUUGUGGUUGUCAUGGGAUAAGUUACCAAGCUAUUAAUUGCUGUGCCCUAGUCCCUAUCUGAAUAGACUUUCAAAGAAAGGAAAAGGUAAAUUCACUUGCUUUUCUAGGCAAUUCUAGACUUCUGAUCCUGAAAGUGGUGUAUUAGUAAUACGAUACUGUGUACCAAAUUAUCUGAAAUCUUAGUAAGUCUUAAAACGAGCACCAUUUCUGAUCUCACAGUUUCUGUCAGUCAGGAGUCAGCUCUGUAGCUGGCUCAGGGUCCCUCUUGAGGCUGCACUCCAGGCUUUGGCCAGGGUUAUAGUCAUCUCAAGGCGAAUCUUGGGGAGAAUCCAUCUGCUUCCAAGUUCAUUCACGUGGCUUUUGGCAAGCCUUGGGUUCUCUCUGGCCGUGGUCCUAGAUAUUAGUUCCUUGCCACGUGGGAUCCUCUUUGGGGAAGUUCAUAGUUUGGCCUCUGGCUUCCCUCAGAGCAGUGAGGGAGAGUAAGAUCAAACAAGACCAGACGUUCUUGCUAUUUUAUAAGCUGAUUUUGGAGGCGUCAUUCUAUCACUUCUGCUGUAUUCUGUUUGUUAGGAGUGAGUCACUAGGUCUAGCCCACCCUUAAGGGGAGAGGAUUACCCAGGGGUGUGAGGACCAGGAGGUGGGGACCACGGGGAGUCCUCUUGGAGGCUGCCUACCACCGGUUGUUAAUUUCUUUGUGUGUUUCCCUGCCCAGAUCAGAAGUUACGGGGCAUCUGUUACAGAAUGUGAUCCAGGCUCUUGUGUGGGAGGUAAAUUUAGCCAGGUGUUCCUCAGCGGGCAGAGAUGACCUGGAGAUGGAGUCACUGGGUUGAAAGAGAGGGAAUUGCCCAAGAUUAGCAGUGGCUCCAGGGGCUUGAGGAAAAGUGGGAGGAGGAAUCUACAAGCAUCGAUGUCUUGUAUGCAAGUGUCCUAGCAGCCAGUAGGACUCCUGAGGGAUAAGCUGACAUACUUGCUGCAGCUCUGUGAUUGGCACUUUAGUCUCAGGAGCUACGUGAAAUUUGCUUAAUCCCCUAGAUGACAAAGAGGUUGUGGAGCCACCUGCCUGUGUGUAGAAUGCAUGGUCUUGGAUAACAAACAUCCCGGUAGCAACCAUGGUAUACCAAAGACCAAACAGUCUUUCCUAGGUAAUUUUUUGACAGACUGUAACACUCAAAGAGUUAAAGAACACCCAAUAAUGACUGAUAUUGGGAGGGUUCAUGUUGUAGUAAUGAACAGUACUAGAUAGAAUUUAAUUUAGGAAAAGUUAUGUGAUAUUUCUUUUGCUUUAGCAUUUGUAAAAGUAUAUUAUAUUUGAGUUUAUUAUGUAUUUAAUCUUGGCAAUUCUUUGUAUGUACUGUUUAUUCUUUUGAUAGAAGGGAAAUUGAAGCACAGAGAAGUGAAUAUGAAUAUAUGUUUAGGGGGCUAGUGUAGAAGAAGCCAGGACUGGAGAAGUCUAUUGUGAGGAAUCCAUUUACAUGGCUUAAACUAACCAAAGAAUGGAAGUAUAUUGACUAUAAUUGAGAAGUCUGGGAUUAGGGCUGUAGUCAGGCAGCAGGUAUCCAGGGUGCAAUUCAAGUCAUCAGGAUGCCAUUGUCCUCUCUUGUCUGUCUCCAUCCUCAUGUACUUCUGCCUUUCAGGCUUUAUGUAAUACCAGGACACCUGGCAGCAGGUUCAGAACGUAAACCUUCCAAGAUCAAGUGCCCCUGAAAAUGCAGUGGCUCCUACAAAAGUCCCAGCCAAGUCUGACUAUGUCUUUCAGCCUCCAGUUGGGGGAUACAUUUGUGUCUGCAUCUCUCACUGAGAGAAUUCAAUGCUCAUUUUGACUUGGCCUGGGGCACAUGCCCGUCUUGGACAAUGGGUUUGUGGAGGGACAGUUGGUCCUGUACAUCAACCAAGACUGAGCAAUGGAAGUCAUUUCCCCAGAAACGAGCAUUAUUCAGUAGAGAUUCAAUUGACUUCUUCCAGUAGAAAUGAUAACUCCAAACGUGGCAUUUUGUUGCGUCAUUGGAUAGUAACUGAUUAAGAAUCUAUUAGAAAAUAAAUUUGAUCAUUCCUGAUAUGCUGUAUACAUUCAGUUAAGUCACUCAGUCAUGUCCGACUCUUUGCGACCCCAUGAACUGCAGCAUGCCAGGCCUCCCUGUCCGUCACCAACUCCUGGAGUCUACCCAAACCCAUAU